AAUGACAAAGCCACCCUUGUACUGUAAUGUGAGCAGCUGUGGAGCAGAGACGGCAGCCACUCUGUGCGCAGUAUCCGGGCAGAGGCUGGCACUCCAGAGGUACUCUUCACAUUGUGUUACCCACAGAUGAUCCGGCGCUGACUAUGGACAAAGCGCUCCUCUCCUCCUCCUCACCUCCGGGUUCCCCGGGCUCGGCCGAGUCCUCCCUUCCUUUCUUCGACUCCUCUCACGCCCUGCAUCUUCUUCGCGGCAUCAAUGAGCUUCGGACAGAGCAGAAGUUCUUUGACAUGACGCUGAGUGCCGGCGGCCAUGACUUCCCCUGUCACCGCACGGUCCUGGCCGCCACCAGCACUUACUUCCGCGCCAUGUUCGCCGGGAGGCUGAAGGAGAGCCAGGCGGAGCGGGUCGAGCUGCACCACGUCACCGGGCCUAUCCUCGGCCUGCUGCUGGAUUUCUGUUACACCGGGGGGGUGACUGUGACCCGGGACAACGUGGAGCCGCUGCUGCAGGCUGCCGACCUCCUGCAGUUCCCCUCGGUGAAGGACGCCUGCUGCGCCUACCUGGAGCGCCAGCUGGAUGUCAGCAACUGCCUGGAGAUCCAGGACUUCGCUGAGGCCUACGCUUGCCGAGGCCUGGCAGAGAGCACCAAGAGCUUCAUCCUGGCACACAUGGCACAGCUGGCACAAGCCCGGGAGCUGGAGCGGUUGCCAUGGCAGCGAAUGCUGGAAUACAUAAUGGAUGACCGCUUGUGUGUGGACAAAGAGGAGACUGCCUACCAGAUAAUCCUGCGCUGGGUCCGGUCCGACCUGCCCCACAGACAGCACCGCUGGCCCGAGCUUUUCCAGCAUGUCCGCCUGCCGUUCAUCCGCCGCUUCUACCUCUUGGCCCAUGUGGAGAGCGACCCCCUGGUCUAUUACAGUCCUUCAUGCCUCAGACUUAUCGGGGAAGCCCGAGCCUUCCAGUCCAGCGAGUAUGACCGCCAUGACCUGCCCUGUGAACGUAUGAGGCCCCGGCCAUCCACUGGCCUGGCGGAGAUCAUGGUGGUGGUUGGCGGGUGCGACCAGGACUGCGAUGAGCUGGUCACUGUGGACUGUUAUAACCCACACACCGGGCAGUGGAGGUACCUGGCGGAGUUCCCUGAUCACCUGGGUGGUGGCUACAGCAUCGCGGCACUGGGCAAUGACAUAUAUGUCACAGGAGGUUCUGAUGGUUCAAGACUUUAUGACUGUGUUUGGAGAUACAAUUCCAGUGUGAAUGAAUGGACGGAGGUCUCGCCGAUGCUGAAGCCCCGGGAAUACCACAGCUCUACUGUGCUGAAGGGUCUGCUCUAUGUCAUUGCCUCAGACAGCACCGAGCGCUAUGACCACACCAUUGAUUCAUGGGAAUCCUUGCGGCCGAUGUUAUACCCCAUGGAUAACUGCUCCACCACCUCCUGCCGGGGCAGACUCUAUGCUAUUGGGUCACUAGAAGGCAAGGAGACUAUGGUCAUGCAAUGCUAUGACCCAGAAACAGACUUGUGGUCACUGGUGAACUGUGGGCGUCUGCCCCCGUGGUCGUUUGCACCGAAGACUGUGACACUAAAUGGAUUAAUUUAUUUUGUCAGAGAUGAUUCAGCAGAAGUGGAUGUAUAUAGUCCGCAGGAGAAUGAAUGGAAUAAAAUCCCUCCCAUGAAGCAGGUACACGUUGGAGGGAGCCUGGCUGCUCUGGGCGGAAAACUUUACGUGUCAGGCGGUUAUGACAACACAUUUGAACUCUCUGAUGUGGUGGAGAGGUUUGACCCGAAAACAAAGGAGUGGAGCAUUGUGGGACAUCUACCCCAACCAAUGUUCUGGCACGGCAGUGUCAGCAUCUUCAGACAGUUCAUGCCAUCCACACAGUACAGCUUAGACGGAGUCACGCUGGACAACGCCAAUCACGAAAGGAACACAAUUAACCUGAACAGGCGACGGCAGACCCUGCACAACCACAACCUGAAUGAACUGCACCGACGAUAGGUCUCAAUGCAAGUCUAUUUCAUCAAGAGACCAGAUGGGCAGAGGGCCAACGGUGGGUCGGUAUGAAGAGGGGAGAAGAAUAUGGCUUUCUAUUUUAUUAACAAUACAUAUUUAUAAAUCUACAGGGUUUUUUCUUCCCCCCCCCCCCCCCAUCACACGUGAGGAUCUCCCGCAUGAAGGCUAUUCCCUCGUACAUAGUUUAUUUUUUCUAGCAAAUAAAAAGGAAAAAAAAAAGUUAAAUCCUUAAACCCUCUGCUUUAUGGCAGAUUAAUUCAUGCAUGAAUGAAGUGCACGUGUCCAUUGUGCUAGCAGAGAAGAGCAGCCAUUCUGUCAGCUGGGCCAGUAUUCACAAACCUAUCCAGCUAGGUUUACCUGCACUGACACCUGGUGGGGCCCACAAAUUGGCUGUUUUCUCUACGUACAAGGUACUGCUCUUGUAGUCAGUUGCAUACAUAAACCUUGCCACUUCAGCAAAAUUAUCUUCUGGCAAAAAUAUAGGUUGGCGCUACCCAUUACCUUCCAUAGUCAUGUACGCAUCAAGUAUAUUAGCAGCAGGUGACAAUGCUCUUCAAGGGCACCUGACGAGGGGGCUUUAUGCUUUGAAAUGCGUUGUUAGCCUAGACUAAUAAAAAUGGACACUAGCCAACAACUCAGGCAGUGACCAUUAUGAUCAUAACUAUAGUAUCUAUAAUAGGUGUUCUGCCUGUUGUUCUCUGAUCCUUUAGAACAUUAACAUUAGUUUCCAUCUUCUCUUUAGUAUUUUGCUGUUCACAUAAACUAAAAGGAAUACUCCAGGUAAGGCUACUUUCACACUAGCGUUGUUAGAAUCCGGAAAUCUGUAUGCAAACUGAUAUGUUGUUUUUCCAGAUCUGUUAGACUUAUUCAUUGAAAUACUGGAUCAGUCUUCCCGGUAUCAUCCGGAAUAACUGAUCCGGUAUUUAAUUUUUUUCAAAGCUAGAAAGAACUGCGCAUGUGUAGACUGAAUCCGGCGAAGCAGCAAUUUCCGGAAUUUUGGCCUGAAAAAAUACCUUACAAGGGAUGAAACGGAAGACAUCCUGAUGCAUACUGAACGGAUUGCUUUUCAUUCGGAAUGCAUUGGGACAAAAUGGAAGUGUUUUUUUUUUUUUCCGGUAUUGAGACCCUUUACCGGAUUUCAAUAUCGGAAAAGAAUAAUGGUAGUGUGAAAGUACCCUAAAAUUGAUACGGUGUAGGGAUUGAGAAGGCGGACCAUGAGACCCCCAGGUGUAAAAUGUAUACCGCACAAACAAAGACGGGCACUAAGGAUCUACCAGUAGUUGGCCCUUUACAAUUUAUUUGGCUAAACACUUUUGUCUAUAUUUACACCAAGUAUGGGUAGGCUUUCUUUGCGCCAAAAUUGUUGCAUUUGUUCCCCUAUUUCUCUAGCCAUGCUACUUUUAUUGAGCUAGGAAACGGACACAAGUGUGUUAGGGGCAGUGGACUAUUGUUUUUUUGCGCAUUUGCUUGACAUAAACACUUCAAACUUGGUGCAACCCUUUUAUGCCAGAAAUGUUCCAACAAAGUCCAGGUGCAGUGAUGAUGGUUAAUUACUCAAUGUCUCAGGUGCCACUAACGUUAAUACACUUCUAUGGAAAUCUAUAGGGAUGGGGUUACCAGACCAAGCAAGCCUCAUGCACCGUCCUGCAGGCAAAGUGGCCUCAGGCCUGGAAAUUGGUAUUUGAGUGCUGGAUCUGAAAGGUGGUGUUAACAUUGCAUAAGCCCUCUGGUGCAGUGUGCCCCGAUAGUGGGUGACAAGUGCAGCCACUUUGGAACCAAUGUGCCAUCCAUGAUCCCAGUCAAUAAUCAUCCCCAACCUGCGUUUCGCAUUUAAGAACGAUGAGCACUUACCACCUCACCUAGAUGGAGCGCACAUUGUAUGAGGUUGUAUGUACCCCCCCAAUCGUGUGCCAUAAGUGGAGGAGGUGAUCAAUCAUUGAGACAACUUGGCCCCUGAGUUUCUUGAAGUUCAGUCUGACAUCCUCAUUUGGGACACUAUUGCUUUUCUUAAAACCCCAUUUGUUUAAUACAAGUGAGAUAGUGACUAUAUUUGCACCCUCUAAAUAGGAGGCAACAUCAAGCACAUUAUCUCUUCAGUCAAUGAGGGCUCUUGUGGUAAUCUGUAGUCUGCAUGGUUCAGAUUGGCCACGAGGAUUAACAAUAUAUGUGCCCUCAUAUAUUAAAGGCUGUGGAUAACUUUGGGGGCAAUUUUUUCUUUUUUUUUUUCUUGUUGCUGCAUUUUGGAGGGAGGGGGAAACAUAAAAAUUGUUUAGAGUCACUCUACUUUCACCCUAUUUCAUUUAGAGAAUGGUGUAAAUGGAAUUUCAGUCAGAUUAUCAGCAUUUUUGCCGGAAUGCGGCCAAAUCUCCACUGGACCCAAUUUAUACUUAAUGGGGCUGGUAGGCAUUCCGGUUGCAUCCGGCAGUGCCAGGUCCGGAGAAUUCAUGCUGCAGGUGGAAAAGUAGCCUAACCCUGGGUUCACACCUGAGCGUUUUACAGCGCGUUCAAACGCGCUGUAAAACGCUCAAGACAUGAAAUCCAAUGCUUCCCUAUGGGAAGGGUU